AUGUACUAUCCUGUUAAGACAUUAGAUUUUAAAGUUCAUGAAGGUGGUCCAAUUUUAACUAACAAAAAAGAAGAACUAAUUGAUGAAGAGGAUGAAAGUUUUUGGGCUAAUGCAGAAGUCAUUCCAAAAUCAUAUUCAUCUAAACGAUAUCGUAUUGCAAUAGUUUCACCUGAAGGUGUAAAAGUUAUUGGUACACCUCAUCAUCCAAAUAUUGAAUUUAUCAUAUCACAAUAUUCUGCUGAGAAUGUUAAAGCAAUGUGGCCAAGAAAAGGAUUUUAUCUUGGUAAUUUUGAUAUUGAUUAUCGUCAUGAAACAGAAAAAGAAUAUCCAUUUGAUCAAUACAAAGAAGACAUUUGUAUAUCUGAAAUUUAUCAUGAUAUGGGUAAAAGAUCAGGUGAUUAUGAUCAAGCUGAUUUAAUUUUCAUUCCACCAAUUGGAGUUAAAUUAGAUGAUGAAUUUGCAAAUAAAUUAUAUAAUUUUCUUACAGCAUCAGAAGAUAAAAUUCCUAAUGCAUGUGCAUACCAAGUCUAUAUGACUAAAAAAGAAAGAAUAAAAAACAAAGUAUUUACAAAAUUAGCUGGAUUUAUUCCUGAUUAUCCAUAUAAAAGUUUUAGAUCUUUUGGAGGAACAUUAAUAAAAAGAAAAGAUCUUAAACCAAUUUCUAUUUGGACAAGUGAGAUGUGGUUUAGAAAUAGAUAUGAAGCACUUGUUCAACAUUAUUGUGAAGUUCUUGAUCAACCAAUUGUUGUUUCUCCAACAAAUUUAUAUUCACCAUUGAUCGAUUUUUAA